CGGGUGGCACCCAACGCAAGAAGCGCCGGACGACGGAGGUCCCUGUGGAAAAUAAGGUAUUAUCGGUGUUUAAAGCCAAUUCAUAUCAAAAGUAACGACUCACUGCAGUAUUAAGAGACGAAGCGAGUAAACGGAAUAAGGACACAAGCAGAAAAGAAGCGAGGAAUAUAGCGCAUGAGAGAUUUCUAAUGGUCAGUGGCUGAGUCUUAAUGGCUGUCAUGGAUGACUCAGAAGAGUAUGACAACACAAUUGAGUUCAUUGCUGUUAAGGAAGAGAACAUUGAAGAGAUCACUGAGGAGAAUCACCAGGUAAAAAAAAGAGAAAUUGUUGAGGAUGAUGGUGAAGUGAAUGCUGUCUUUAUAAAAACUGAAGAAGUUAAUACAAACCAUGAAAGUACAGUGUCUGAAUUCAAAAGUCUUGGGAAAGCAGAAAGAAAUGGCUUGGAUGUGUUGAUGUGCGAAGAUGAGGAUCCAUUGCAACCACUGCCAUUUGUGGCUAAGGAUUUGGGGAAUAACUCUCUUGUGGUUUUCUCGUGGGACUGA